AUGUUGGUGGGUCAUACAUGCAAUGGCUAAUUGCACAACGCGCGCGCACAGAACGUUUAUGUUCGUUCUACCUCCAUCGUAGAAAUUAUUUUUAAGAGAUUAAAACAAUUGGUAAUGUUAACAAGCACUUGUGUUAACAAUAGGAUAAUAACAAGAACAUGUGUUCAGCAUUUUAGAAAGUGAAGUGUAAAAAAGCUGAAGUUCUCACAAUAAGCAUGGAUGUUCAAGGUUCUCUGAGAGAAGCUUUAUAUGAGACAUUAAGUGGUAUUUUGUCUCCUCAUAGAGAGACUCGUCAAGCAGCUGAACAAAGAAUCCAGGCGUUAGAAGUUACAGAGGAAUUUGGUAUACAUUUAUCGGAAUUUGUAGUAGAUUCAAAUGGGCAUUUACCUAUUAGACAGUUAGCUUCUGUAUUAUUAAAGCAAUAUGUUGAAACUCAUUGGUCUUCUGUUGCUGAGAAAUUUCGACCUCCUGAAAUAAAAUAUGCAACAAAGGAAAGAAUAAAAGAAUUACUGCCAUUAGGACUCCGUGAAUCCAUUAGUAAGGUACGUACAGCGGUAGCUUAUGCAAUAUCAGCAAUUGCACACUGGGAUUGGCCAGAGAAUUGGCCAGGUUUGUUUGAUAUACUUGUAAGCUGUUUAAGUGGAGAAAAUGAAUAUGCUGUUCAUGGAGCCAUGAGGGUUUUAACAGAAUUUACAUCUGAUCUUACUGAUAAUCAGUUGCCUAAUGUGGGACCAGUAAUCCUUCAAGAAAUGUAUAGAAUAUUUCAAAGCGAAAAUCAAUAUUCCAUUAGAAUCCGUGGUCGGGCUGUUGAAAUUUUUACGACAAUUACAACGUUAGUUGCUGUUACAGGAGUAUAUCAAAAAGGUUUUACAGAGCAAUAUUUACAACCGGUCAUACCUAUGUUUUGUGAAAAAUUUGUCUACUGUUUACGACUGCCCGAUGGUCCAACUUGCGAUAGUGGGCUUAAAACCGAUGUUAUCAAAGCUAUAAAUUGUCUAGUUAUCAAGUUGCCUAAAUAUGUCUCAACAUUUUUACCUCAGAUGUUACCGCCCGUUUGGGAAACUUUAGUGCAAAGUGCGAAAAUUUAUCAAGAAGAAUAUGUAAACGGAAAAGGAGAUACAAGCGACAAACAAGUUGAUUCAGAUGGUGAAAUAAUUAACUUCAAUAAUUUGAUUAUUGCCAUAUUCGAGUUUGUUCAUUCUAUCGUGGAUCGUAAACGAUUUUCAAAUCUUUUGGAUAAUUUACUGCAAGAAGUGAUGUAUUAUUUAAUAAUCUUCAUGCAAAUAACAGAUGAUCAAAUCGAAUUGUGGACAACUAAUCCCAACCAGUUUGUUGAAGAAGACGACAUACUAACUUAUAAUGUUCGCAUUUCGGCGCAAGAGCUCUUAACGGUUUUAGUGAAUUAUUCUGAGGAAAAAGCGGUGAAUGCACUUUGCGAGGUUGUAACGCGUCACAUUGAAGCAACUAAUAGAUUACAAACUGCAAAUAAUGAAACAUGGUGGAAAUUACGAGAAUCGUCUAUUUUAGCGUUAAGUAAAGUAAAAGACGUUGUGGUAGAAAGACAAAAAGCUGGAAUGCUUCACUUCGAUAUUAUUAGCCUUUUAGAUACAAUCAUUUUAGCUACUUUAAAGGAUUCAGGAGCAUCGCCGUUACUCCUUGGUCGUUGUUUGUGCAUUGGUGGCAAAUACGCCGAGCUAAUGCCACCAGAGAUAAGUUCACGAUUUUUGGAAGCAACUGUUAAUGGGUUGCAGGAGAAUCAACUUUCGUGUAUUCGUAUCAGUGCAGUAAAAGCUAUUUACUGGUUUUGUAAAGCAUCAGUGGAAGAAAAUAAUAGCACUCUUGGCAAUAUUAUACGAUCUCAUUUGCCAAAUAUAUUUCAAGGAAUUUUUAGUUUAGCCAAUCAAGCAUCCACGGAAAUUUUGACACUAGUAUUAGAAACUUUGCAAGUACUUGUUUCGUUGGACAAAGCAUUUACCGCCUCAGUGGAAAAUAAAAUUUGCCCUUUAACUAUCGCUGCAUUUCUAAAGUUCUAUAGCGAUCCUGAAAUCUUGAAUCUGUGUCAAGAUAUAUUUAAAAGCUUGACACAAAAUCCUGAUUGUAUAGGACCGUUACAAACUCGUUUGGUACCGACGUUAACCAGUAUGAUGGCUGUAACACCUAUGGAUAAAUUAAAUGAUGAGAGAUGUCGAAAUGUAGCUCUAGAUGUUUUGCAAGUAUUAGUGCAAUACUCUCCUAAACCAUUGAGCAGCGCGUUGAUCGAAACUGCGUUCCCUGCUGCGUGCCACUGUAUUUUGAAUUCAGAGGACAACGAAACGUUACAAAGUGGCGGGGAAGUAAUACGGACUUAUCUAGCCGUUGCGGCGCGACAAGUGACUGUACAUCGAGACAAUGACGGUCAAACGGGUCUGCAAUAUAUACUACAAAUCGUUGCUCAGCUGUUGAAUCCGCAGUCGAGCGAGUUUACGGCGACUUUCGUCGGACGAUUGGUGACAACACUGAUUAGGAAGGCAGGAAACACAUUGGGUGAAAAUCUCGAUUUGUUAUUGAAAGCUGUGUUGAGUAAGAUGCAACGAGCUGGGACAUUGACCGUGGUACAGAGUUUGCUCAUGAUAUACGCUCAUCUCAUAAAUACAGAAUUUGAUGCUGUCCUAAAUUUUCUGUCAACCGUACCCGGUCCGACAGGACAAAGCGCUCUCGCUUUCGUACUCUCUGAGUGGGUCAGCAGACAACACCUAUUUUUUGGCAAAUACGACCGAAAGGUAGCAACAGUUGCGCUUUGCAAGAUACUGGAAUACGGUGUUACUCACGGCGACAGUCGAUUAAACGAGAUCACGGUCAAGGGAGAUCAAAUAUUCUCAGGAAAUGAAGAAGGCGUGAGGACUAGGAGUAAAGCCGAAUCACAGCCUUAUCAGUGGACCACCAUACCUGUUUUGGUGAAAAUAUUUAAGCUGAUAAUCAAUGAGUUGUCGAACGACAUCGAAGCGGUCGCCGCUAGCCAAGAGACGGAUGAUUCAGACAAUGACGACGACGAAGAUGACGGUGAGGACGCCUACUUAGAUCCAGGUUACGAAACUAUGUUAUUGUUGGGAGAAACUGCGAACGAAAUCGAGGAAGACGAGGACGAUCCGGAUUUACUGCAAGAUUCCAUCUAUCACUUGAAUCUGAGUCAAUACUUGCGAGACUUUUUAUUAAAUUUUUCGACUCAUCACUGCUUUCCAGCGUACAUUCAGCAUCUAAAUAUUCCGGAACGGAAGGUUUUAAGCAGCUUAAACAUCAACGCAUCGUUCAUGCAAUAGACAGAUGGAUAGAUAGAUGGUUAAAUAGACACAUGAGCAGAUACACAUGUCGAUGAUGAGGAUUUUCGAAUUUCGUAAUAAAAUAUGUGAUUCUUCGUA